GCGCAUCAUAGACGGAGCGAACCAUGGAAUUGCACCUUCCUCCGGCCCCUCAAACCGCCUCCCCGCCCUGGCUCCUUCAACAACGACUUUCACGAAAUAAAAACAGCAUGCUGCCAUGUGUGCUGGUAGACGGCUACUCUGCGACUGAGCGUUGUGAUACUCAAUCUUCCACAAAUUUGCUAACCCCAGUGUGCAAUAGGUAGCCAGGACUUGUCACACUUGUCACACUUGUCACACUUGUCACACUUGUCACGAUAACACGACGCCGUCGUCCGGACGAGCGAAGAAAGCAAACGGUGCGACGAUUGAUAGAUGGGCACGCCUGACAAUAGGGACAUGCAAUCACAUGGCCAAGCAGAUUGGAAUGACAACACACAUAGACCGGCGACAACCGAAAAGGUAGACAGCAGGAAGAAGGCGAAAAAAAGGGGGCUCGAUUAUGAUGAUGGAAAUGCUGACAAUGCUGAUGGAAGUAAUGACGACGAAGAUUGUCAGCACUAUCAGCAUUCUCAUCACUACUCCCCCCAUCGUCAUCAUCCUCCCGAUCUUCGUCAUGGUUUCUCCCAUCAGGAUUGUCAGGAUUCCCAUCAACAUGACACGAUUAUCAUGAUGGGAAUGCUGAUGGGAAUGACGAUGAUGAUGCGAAUGCUGAUGGGAAUGACGAUGAUGAUGGGAAUGCUGAUGGGAAUGACGAUGACGAUGGAGUAUCUGACGACGAAGAUGGGAGUGACGAUGACGAUGAUGAUGAUGAUGAUGAUGAUGGAGACGGUGAUGGUGAUGACUUAGGAUUGAUGCUGGAGAUGGAAAUCCCACAAACACAUACGUGAGGUGAUGAUGGCAAUGAUGGCAAUGAUGAUGAGGAUGGUGGUGGCGAUGACUUGGGCUAGGAAGGGCCAGCUAACAGUGAUGAUGAUGACGCAGACAAUGAUCACCAAAAGCGAUGACACCGAUGAUAAUUAAGUUAAGAACGAUGUAGAGACGGGGAAGGGCGAGCAAAUAGCAGUCGCAGGUGGAGGAGGAGGAGGAGGAAUGACGACAAGAAUUAGACUUGACAAAAAGACGAUCCACCCCGAGAGGAGAACGAUAUGGUCGUUAUCCUCAAGACCAAGUC